GCUAUCGCUCAUUCAAGCAGUGGGGCGGGGGGAGAAUGGGAAGGGGGGCGGAGUGAUUACUCAUUGGUCAAGAGCAUACAGGGGGCGGAGCUUCUGCUCACGGCCAGAGGGAGCGCGCCGUGGGGGGGAGUGGAGCGAUCGGGCCUGCGCAGCCACGCCGGGGGCGUGGCCAGGGGCGCGGCCAGGAAACGGGGAAGAGACACGAGUUUGAUUGAAUUGAACGUCUAAUUGGGGGUUAAUGGGGGGUCUGGACUUCCCAGGGCGGGCUAUUGGAGGGUCUGGGGUAGAACUGAGGGUCCUGAGGGGGAUAACUGGGGGUCUCAUAGGGUCCUGGGGUGGUCUAUGGGGGGUUUUGGGGGGGUCUCAGGGGCUAUUGAAGGGGCUAGGGGAUCUCAAAAGGCUGGGGGCAUCCCAUGGGAGGGAUUUGGAGGGAGACUGGGUGGGGGGGAGUGGAAUUUUGGGCCCCAAACUCCAUUUUAUGGAACUAUGCUCAUUUUGAGGAAAAAAAACCUCAUUUUUUUAGGGCAAAAAGCCUCAUUUUGAGCCCAAAACUCAAUUUUAAGGAUCCAAAUAUUUAUUUUGAGGGUCAAAAUACCGAAUUUUUAGGUCCUGGCAAGACCCGACAGAACCCGAUGGAGUUCAACAGGGCUUGACAAAGCUUGAAAAGGCCCAACACAGUCUGAAAGAAUAUGACAGAGGUCAACAAAGCCUGACAGGGCCUGAAAGAGCCUGAAAAAGCCCGACAGGGCCCCACAGAGCCCGACAGGGCUUCAGAGAGCUUGACAGAGCACAACAAAGUCUGACAGAGCCCAACAAAGCCCGUGAGAGACUGACAGAGCCUGACACAGCCCAACAGGGCCCGACAUAGCCUGAGAAAUCCCGACAAACCCUGACUGAACCUGACAGGACUUGAUAACACCUGAGAAGGCCCAACGCAGCCCAACAGAUCCCGACAGGGCCAGACAGAGCUUGAGAGAGCUUGACAGGGCCCAAAGAGCCUGACAGAGCCUGACAGAGCUUGACAGAGACCAACAAAACCUGACAGGACUUGGCAAAGCCUGACAGAGCCCAAAAGAGACUGACAGGGCUCAACAAAGCCCAACAAGGCCCAACAAAGUCAAACAGAGCCCGAGAGAGACCCACAGAGCCUAAGAAAGACUGAAAGAGCCUGACAGGGCCCAACAGAGCCUGGCAAACCACAACAGGGCCCUACAAACCCCAACAGAGCCCGACAGUUUUCUACAAUGCUCGAUGUGGCCUAACAGAGCCUGACAGGGCCUGACAGAGCCCAACAAAUCCUGACAGAGCCUGACAGGGCUCAACAAAGACUGGCAGAACCUGAAAGGGCUCGACAAAGCUUGACAGAGCCUGACAAAGCCUGACAGAGCCCAACAGGGACUGACAGAGCCCAAGAGGGCUUGACAAAGCCCAGACAAGGCCUGACAGAGCCUGACAGGUUCAUGACAAAGCUCGACAGAUUCCGAAAGAGCCCAACAGUGCUUGACAAAGCCUGACAGGGCUCAAAAAGGCUUGAGAGAGCCUGACAAAGCCUGACAGAGCCCGACUGUGCCUGACAGAAGUUGACAAAUGCCGUAAGAGCCCGACACGUCAUGACAAAGCUCGACAGAUUCCAACAGAGCCCAACAGUGCCUGACAAAGCCUGACAGAGCCUGACAAAGCCCAACAGUGCUCAAGAAUGCACAACAGAGCCUGACAGGGCCUGGCAGGGCCCUAGAAAGCCUGACAGAGCCUGAUAAAGAGCCUGACAGAUGUAGACAGGGAGUUCUAGUGCACAGUGCUUCAGGGUGAUGGGCUACUGGGGUAACAGUGUCCUUGUGUUAUGGGGUGCCAAGGUUACAGGGUGCUAGACUAACAGUUUCCUUGGGUUCUCAUAUGCUUGCAUUUUGGGGUGCUAGGGUUAUUGGGCAGGAGAAUUACAGUGUGAUGGGGUGGCAGGGUUAUAGGGUGUUUUAGUGGGACAGGAUUACAAAACGUUAUUGUUACAGACAGGAGCUGAGUUCUGUGCUCCUAGAGUCCAGGGGUUGUCUUAGUUUUGCCUUAGCAUUUGCUCUGGGUGGCCUGUGGGUGCAGCUAUGAGAUUAGCCACAUGUCGCUCUUUUGUUGGCUUUUGCUGAAUAUACCACUAAGUGCCUGAGGUGGCCUUUGGCUUUCCUGGGCUGGAAAUGACAACCUCCCUGGGAUGUAGAAACAGUAACUGUGAGACCAUAGGGACAGGACAAGACAACUGGAAAAGACUUGUUAUUGAGAAGAAUUAAUAAGUUUUGAUUUUUUUUCCCCUAAUAAUUUCUUUCUAGCUCUAUAGCACUCUGUUCCUUGGUGCCUAGCAUAUGUGCUUUCUUGGUACAUCCGUGUUGGGAUCUAGCCCCGUCACCUACAGCUGCAAUGUUUGGACAGCAGGUGUAAGUGGGGAAAUGAUGGUAUGUUGGAGCUUGUCUGUGUGGUGGUCUUGGCAUUAUGGAAGUCGCCAGCUGAGGAAAAGGGCAAGAAUGCUUAGCAUAAAAUUACCAAAGGAAUGUAUUUUUUAAUACUUUAGUUAUGCUUAUAGCAGUGCUCCAGCCUAAUGCAUGGAGGAUGCCAGUACAGAGGUUUUUAUAUAUAUAUAUAUAUGUAUAUGCAGGGUUUAUAUAUGUUACAAUGCAGUUGUGUAGACCAUUCAAAUCAUGCCUGUUAAGGGGUGGGCUAAUCAGUUACUGCUGCUCACAUAAUUGGUAUGUACUUGUCCCAAGCAGGAUCAGUACAUGCUUGUCCUGUGGAGGUGGUGUGGACAUGUGGUCAGUGGUGUGUUAAUCCUCAUUGUUCUAAACCAAUGUCCUGUGCAGGUGUGGGAGUUUAUCCUGGAUUCUGGUCAGCUGUGGUUUGGCUGUGGUUGUACAACUGGUUUUAUUGAAGGAUAAAGCUUUUUUGUUUGUUUGUUUGUUUGUUUGUUUUUUAAUUGGUAUGGGGUGUUCUCAGACAUCAAGAGCUGGCUUAGGGUAGGUCUUUGGGUCAUAUUGCCCUUGAGGUAUAAAGUCUCAGGUAGUUUCAUUCUUCUCAGCAAAUAUUUCCGUUAGCAUCUUGUCUUUCACACUCCUGAGCAACUCAUAUCAACUGAGCUUUCUGCCUUCAUAAUUACUGACAUUUGAAAAUCUGAUGCACUGGUGGGAGAUCUUUCUCUCCACCCUUCCCCCCAUUUCAACCCAUUUAUUUCUAAUCUCACAAUUUUAGGUCAUGCUUUGUAUAUUCUGAACACUUAUGUUGCUAACAUCCUUUUAUUGAGCACUCUCAGUUUUCUUCAAUUUUCCUCAUUACAAAAAUUAGAACUUGCCAGAAAUAGACAGCUGCACUGCAGAAACCAACAUCCAUUAAUUUUACGGGCAGAACACCCAUGAACUAGAAAUAUAAAGGAUGCAUAGCUCUGGAUAGGGUUGCUAAUGAUUUGGUGCAGAGGAGGUAAUCUCCUUGGCAUUCAUUUAAAUGAUAAUAUAGCUCACACUAGCAAAGUACUCUCAGCACUAAUAUGAAAAUAAUCCAAUUGAUGUAACUGAAAAUGUACAGUAUUUCCUUCAAGAAUGAAGAGCACCAGUGGUAAACAGUUACUACUGCUUUUUGAAAAGAUAUGUUUAUAUGUGGAUUACCUAAUAAUGCGAUUUCAUUUGAGCACACUACUCAUAUACAUGUGUAACUGUAGCCAAAUGGGUAAACCAGCAUGCUCAGCAAGUUUGCAGGACCAAGAAUUAAGUGUGUAAACUGUCAAUCCAACAGUUGCCACAGCAGCAGAAUAAUGCUUUAUAGACUCCAGUUGGGUACAAGAAGAACAGAAAAAAACUACGCAACAUUCAAUGGAAAAGCAUAAGUGCUCUUACUUGAAUGACACACAGGAAUACAUGCAAACCAUGUGGUUGCAACUGUGGUUUAUUCCAUUUACUCGUGUGUUUAAUUAGGCACCUCAGAAGACUGCCCAACCCACAUGAAGCCCUCAAGGAGCUUAGUUCUAAGUUACUGCUUUGGUUGCAAUUACUCAGUCUGACUGAUUUACGUACUUCUUUUGUACAACCCGAUCAAGCUGCUGCCACAGUCACGUGAGCUGGUCAAGUCUGCAAAAAUGCAGGCACUGUAUAAUCUGAUAGAUUGAGCAAUUUAGGGUUACGGUAAAUAACUUUUCCUCUAAUGAGACACAUAGAAAUCACAUUGCCAUCUUCCCCCAACUGAAAAAUUUCAUUUUUCACCAUUUUGGUCCUUGUGUGAUGUUCCACUUCACCUCAUACUUUGUGCUUCCUGCAGUGUGUCUGCAGCUUCCUCUGACUAGAGUUGUCAGAGGUGUCAGGAUCUGUUGCUAAUGACAGGCAUCAGCUAUAUCAGUAAAAGUUACUUGGGGGAGGUGGGUAAUAAAAGAGAGGAAAAAGAGAGAGAAAAGGGAAAGAGAGAACUUCCCCCAGUGGCCAUCUCCCUGGAUGAGCACUCCCCAAUGCAGCAAGGAGUCCUGCUCAUACUUUUCCUGCAGUAGCUAUGUGGUGCUUUCAGGUCUUGCUCAGUCUCCACAGUUUGACUCAGUGUUGAUUGGAGCAGGCUUUGGUCAGGUGCAGACCUUGCAGUGCUAAUUAGCCAUGAAAUUUUAUACUGUCCUUUGUUUGAUAACAUUUAUUCGUUGCUUAUAUUGCCUCCUGUUUUUUCUACUGAACUCUUUGGUCCCUUGCCCAAGGCUGUAAUCUCAGCUAGAAAAUGAGGAGGAAAAGGAAGGACAACUCUUCCAGCAGUGGCCAUUGCUUCCCACUGCAGCACACAACAGAAGAGACCUGAUGACUUGGUUGCAGUGCAGGUGUGCAAGGCCCUGAGGGCUGGAGCCCUUUAAGCCAGGGAGGCAGCACUGCCUGGACCUGGGGGAGGCUGCAGGGCUGGGAGUGAAAACUGCAGGAAGGCUUUAGGGUGACAAAUGUGAGGAACUUCACCUUACAUGUUAUGACGCUGUGUGGACUCAGGAUUAGUCUGAGGACUAGUCUGAGGUCUAAAUCUUACUUUGUAAGCCCUUGACCACCUUCAAGGUGAAUAACACUGAAAAGUCUCAGUUCUGCCUGGUCUGUCUGUUAUGUACCCUCUCUCUGAGGUAGGGACUUUUAAAAUGUAAUUUCUUUUUCUUCCUUGCCUUGCUUGUUGAUAUUCUAUUUAGCGUUCCUGUAACCAACCAGUGAUAAUGUGCCUAAUUUGACAAAAAAAAAAAAAAAGGAAGUGCCUGUGUCUUUAUCGUUAACCUGCUUGGACAGAAGAUUUUUUUUUAAUCAUUUUUUUUAUCUUACAUUUAAGAUGCACUAAUUGCUUAGAAUGACUCCCUAUAAAGGAUGAUAAUUCUGCCAUCAUUCAGCCCUAGCCAAUACUCUCUCUGCAAGUGUCUCACUCUAUCCAGCUGUAUGCAACCUGUCUAAUACCUGGAAUCUGAACUUAAUCUACCUCCUCUUCCCCAGGCUCAUGGGUAACCUUAAAAGCCUGUAGCUGGCCACAAUAAUGUACAUUUGGUCUGAAGUCAUUUCCAGACAACUUGCCCAAGAUCUGAAUGUGAAACUGCUCUGGAGAAAGAACCCAACUGUUCAUAAAAUCUUUCUGGUGGCUAUAACAAGUUUGGAAGCAGCCCAAGUAACCGGCAGUUGUUUUGCAGUAACUGUCUUUAUUCAGGCAUUUGGGAUUUCAAAAAGCAUGUCUUGCUUGACAGGCUGACAUGCCUGCACUGCUAUAGGAUCCUGUGGUAUAGAUGCACUUGGUGAUGGUCUCUUGAGAUUCAGGCAGUCUAUGCUUAUCUUGGGAAGCACCUCUUCCUCUCUUUUUAAAAACAUUAUUCCUAACCAACCUGUUAAAUCAGAAAAAAUAAGUAGUUCCAUCUUAAUCACCUUCAUCACUCAGAGUGACAUGGGCAUGAAAGAUCCAGAAGUGAAAAUCCUCCUGCUCCCUCCCAGACCUGGUAGCUGUGACCCCUGGCUGGAGAUGCAGCAGCAGGUUUGGGCUGUGCUGAGGAAGGGAGGAUGCCACUCCCAGGGAGGAGACCAUCUCCAUAUUGCCAUGCCAGUCCCCUCCCAGGUGUCUGUGUGAUACUCAUCUACAGAGCCACAGCCUCUGAUAGGAAGUUCAGAGAUGUUGUGAGGUAUGAGGGGCUCUGAGGAAAUGAGAGGUCCCUGUGCAGACUGAGCAGUACACAAAAGGGAAUGUGGUUUCCUGUCCCCACCCAGCCCAGCAGUGAUGAAUGUAUCCAGCUCCCCAGUGUAUCAAGUACCUGCACCUGCAAAUUGGAUGCUCAGAAAAGGCUGCAAAUCUGCCCAGAGUGGCAAGGGAGUCUGAGCCAUCAGUGCUGGAAGGACAGGGCAUUUCUCUGCUGACUCGAAGAGGGGAAGGUCUGAGCCCUUCUCAGCCCCACAAUUUUACUUCCCUACUUCAUGCUGCACCGUGCGAAUUCCUCUGGGGAAGCCUGCAAUGCUCCUGUGGAUGCUGGUCAUCACCUUUACUGCAGCCCUUGAAGGUACCAUUUCCCCCAUAAAGAUGGUGGCAUCUGGUCCCAAGGAGGGGAGGGUCUCUGGAUCACUCCCACUCACCUGUACGGUAACGGGAGCACAUCUGCAGAGCCGUCGAUAUGACUGGAAUUGUGUCCAUCAGGCCCCAGGAGGGGAGCUGCAAUUUGUAGGCUGGAUCUAUCCUUUUGGGAAUAACACGGGCUAUGCUCCAGCCUUCCAAGACCGAGUCAUCAUCUCUGCAGAUAAAGACAAAAAUAAGGUCUCCCUGCAGCUGCAUGCCCUUACAGCCUUAGACACAGCCACCUAUUUCUGUGCCAGGCAGCACACAUGUGGGGAACUACGUGUGGCAACAGACAAACUUGUGUUUGGAACCGGGAUCACUUUUUCAGUUGAGCCAAGUAAUCAAGAAGAAUCUGCCCCAGAAGUCAUUGUGCUUAAAUCAAAGGAAGCCAAACAAUAUGACAAACUGAAUACGGCUUGUUUGGCAAGGGCUUUCUAUCCCAAGAACAUCAGCCUUGAUGUGCCCAAGAGUGACAUUGUAUAUGAUCUGAAGGCACCUCUUGUCACAUCUGAGGGGAUGUAUAGUACCAUGAAGAUAGUUGGAGUGGAACCAGGUGCAGAGGUAAAGUGCAAUGUUAUGCACACGGGGAACAAGAAUACAGCCAGCAUAAUUCUGCCAGAAGACAAAACUCAAUAAUUUGAAACAGUUAAUGCUUGCAGCAUUACAGGUGCCUCUACAAAAGAUGUCAAAAUGGAGAAAGCGAAUAUGCUGUUCAUGGCUGUUUUGGGUUUGAGAGUCCUGCUGGCAAAAAGCAUCGCCUUCAAUACAAUCAUGAGUAUCAAGCUGUUUAUUUUCUGAGACAGGAAACAUUAUUCAGCUGGUCCAGAGCAUCUCGGGUUCUAUCAGAGAUCCUCUGCUGGUUAUUUCAAGUGGCAGAGCACAAAGUCUGGUAAAUAUCCAGAUCAGCAAGAACUAUAAAGAGAUAAUUCUAAAAGCCAACAAAUAUGAAAAGGGGGGUGGAAAAAAGGAGGAGAAGAAUUCUGAACAUCAAGUAACCAAAAUGACAAAAAAAAAAUUGUCCAACCCAUUCCAGAUUAACAGAAACUCAACACCACUGCAUUAAAUGUGAAUAAGAAUUUUAAAUAGACAUUGUUUGCUCUUUCAGGUACUAGGUGAGCCAGCAAUGGGCUGAAGGAGAGCGGAAAGAACAUACAGAAAGAUAAUUUAAACACCAUGAGAUGCUCUUCAGUUAACACCAUCUGGAAGCCUUCUUAAACAGCUAAUACUGCUGAACUCUUGUCUAGGUUAGUUUCAUUAAUUGUUAGAACAAUUUUUGUUAUUUCUUAUUUCCAUAAGAAAUUUCCCUCAUCCAUGUGCUAAGCAGGAAUAGUUAGCUCUCCUACUCCUGAAUCCAUUGUACUGAAGCAUUCAAAUUUCUUAGACAGUUUUGAAAACUUAAAAUUGAAGUUUAUACUUACUACGCUUUAAAAAUGCUAUCUCUGGUCAUAUUAUAUUAUUGUCUAUGUAAGUAAUGCUUUUCUGCUUAGGGAUCCCAGGUACGGAGGAAGUACUGUAUAGUUUUGAUUUUUAGAAGUUUGUAUUGGUGGCAAUUUUGUAGUGCAGGUAACUAGAACAGGUAACACUGGACCUGAAGGAAUUCACUUCAUACAGGUAUUCAAUAGUAUUUUCAUUUCUAUCCCUUCUUUAGAACAUUUUUCUCUUUUGUUAUGUACUUAGCACCUGCAUUUUAGAUUUUCUCAAUAUACACCAAAAUAAAAUUUUAUUAUGCUUAGUUUGUACUAUGCCCUUUCUUCUAAACGUUAGCUGGAAAUUGUUGAAAUUUCACUGUCCUAUCUACUGACCAAUGAGAACCAGAAAACCACCUGUUACAGCCCAGUUUUCCUUUUAAUUAAAUUUGUCUUUCUUGGGCUUUCCACAGGGAAAGACACUCCCUGACACAUUUAAGAGACUUCAGGAGGGCUGUCAAUUCUGGCCCUCUUAGGUUUAAAGGAAUUCUAACUAUUCAUUCCCCCUUCAAAUUAUUUAGGCUGAAAAUUGUGGAUCAUAACAGAAAGGGAUGGGUCUGAAGAGUAAACAGUUAAUGUCAGGGAUUGGCUCAAGGAGCAUGGACAUGAGUCCACCAAGCAACUGUACGAGCAGAGCCCAUUUUAGUUGACAUAAGUAGGCCUUAGUUAGCUCGUCUAUUAGGCCGUGGGAAAGGGGGAACGGAAAAGUACUAACUAAGGCAGGGUCAGGAUAUCCUUGAAGAGAUAAGAGUCAGAAGAAUGCGGGAUGCGCAUAGCUAGCUAAACCCAAGUAGGUGGAGUAAGUAAAUGUAACCUUUUAGUGCUUAGCCUAUUAGAUAGAGACAAGUAUGCAUAAUUAUGGUAUUUGGUAUAAAUGCACGCUAUCUCGGGCAAUAAAGUUGAAUCAUGCUUUAUCACUCACAUUGAGUCGGCCUGCAUGUUUUCCUCAGCCGCGUACUCGCAAGUGGCCCCCGAACAGGGACUCUUGAAGGAGCGGCUGAAGCAGAGGGGCACCGGGAAGCAGCGACCGGGGGGUCAAGAGCGACCGAACACUGCGUGCGUCGGUGUGUCGUCUCCGAGGACCUGAACUGAAUUUAGGAGUUCACCGUCUGCGUGGGCUACAAGGCAAGGGCUGCAGGUGGUGCCAGGUUUACAAGGUACCAAGGAUUAUAGGGUAAGGCGCUUUUCUUUUGCCUAAGGGCAGGUAUCAGGAUUUUUUUUGCCUAAGGGCAGGUAUCAGGAUUUCUUUUGCCUAAGGGUAGGUAUCAGGAUAUGGAUAAAGGAACUAUGGAUUUAGAAGUAGCCCAAGAUUUAUUACAGCGCUUUUUAGAAAAGCGGGGGGGGGGUUGAGUGUAUCAAGCAUCUAGCUGGUCUAGUUGCAGUAGAUUGAGUGAAAGGGUAUUUUUCGAAUACUGAUUCGCUCUUUGAUGUGUCGGAAUGGAGAAAAUUAGGAGACAUACUAUGGGAUAUGGUUAUAGAUUAUGAUAAAUCAGCGAAGAACCUCAAAAGACUAUUAACUUGGUGCAGAGGCAAUGCGUAUCCUGCUGACCUGUCAGGAGUUUUUCAAAUAGAGAGUUGGAAAAAGAUGGGAACUGUGUUGUGGAAGGCAAUUAGUCACCAUGAAAAAUAUAUUCUCGGCCUUGUAACCAUCUGGAAACUGAUAAAUACUACAGUGAAGCAAUUAAAACCUGAAAAGACUGUUACGAGCAUUAGUGACUCAAAACUUAACCUUGAACUUUGGGACAGUAUAGAGCAGAAAUUAUGGGAUAAAGUCAGCAAUGGAGAUACAGAAGCUAAAUCAUUAGUAACUACAUGGAAGCUUGAACGGCCUGCUGCUGCCGGAAUAUUUGCAGCGUUGCAGCCUGAUAAGUAUCCUGAAAGUUGCUGUGAAGUUCACCCGGUUUGUGUCUGCGAUACCCUCCCUAUUCCAUCCCCUGCUGUGCUUUCAGCAUCCCCGAUGGUUCAGCAGUCCGGGGCGGGGGGAGGAACAAUGCCAAACGGUUAGCCUCCUGUACCAUCAUCUAACCCUGGUGAGAACAGCAAGUCCAGAGGAUUGGUGUCAGACAACUUACUCAAAGAACCUGUGAAAGCUGAGAAUGCUAAAGUCGUAAACACAUGUACUAUCAGUCCUUUUACCAAUUUUACCAAUCUGCUUUUCCUGCCUUUAACCCUCUAACUUCCACGAGAGAACAGAAGAAGUCACUGAAAAUAGAAAUGGACAACAGAACUGUGUGACAGAUUAGAUCAGCUAACAGCAAGUGAAUCCGACAGUCGGCAAUGUGGUCAUGAUAAUCGUGAUGGGAAAGGGGGUGCUCCUGGGGACUCAGGGUAUAAAACUUAGAAGUUAAGGAAGCACUGGUGUUGAAAUUAGCAGUAAAGAAUGCUAAAGUUUGCUAUCAACAUGUUAUUUGCGAGUUUUACAGUGCAUAUUAUGUGCUCCUGUUUACUGCCUCUCUGAAAGUCAAGCAGCUUGUCAGGAAUGUGAGUUAAUUGUUUCACUGGUUGUUGUUAGAAUUGUUUCUUUGUGGUAUAAGUGCACCGUAAAACUUUCUCUCCACUUUUCCCACUCACGCUGCAAGCAGCCCUGUGCUUUUCCAUGGGGUCAGAAAUUACUGUUUUCAGUCGUGUUCAUAAAAAAUCGGUAUUGGGAGGUGUUUCAAAACAUAGGGAAGCACUUGGAAAUAUGAGGAAAGAAGAUCUUGUAAAAUAUUGUAAUUAAUGGUGGCUGCUGUAUAAGUUAAAUGAUUGGGAAAAGUGUCCGCGGAAUAGAAUCUUGAAGUAUAACACCUUGUUGCAAUUAAUGUUGUUUUUAGGGCGAGAAGAGUAAGACAAAAUAAAUCCCUACAAGAGAUCAUUAAAUCAUUUCAGACAGCUGAGAGAGAGUUAACUGAUAACACGCAGGUCACAGUAAACUUGCCGAAGUCUGCACAAUGUUUUCCUUAUUAGCCUGUUUUCUUUGUGGGUAUCUGUUUAAGCAUGUUGCAAUUUUGGUAGGUCUUUGUUAUAUGGUACAGUAAGUUCACAGACUGUUAAAUCAUGAGAAUUGGUUGACUCAAAAGGUGCGUUUUGUGAUAGUACAAAAAGAUUAUGAGUAAUUUAGUUCCUUACUGCGUGAACGUGAUGUUAAGAUUUUAUGUGUAGUAGCUGUUAUAUUUUUUUUUCUAGCGUACUAGCUUUAUUCCAAUAUCCAGACUUGCGCAACUCUGUGACAGGCUGUCUCUCAUCUCGGUGCACUAAAUUUGGCCUUUUUGUAUGCACAUCAAGUAAAGAAUCCUGGUUUCAGAAUAACAGUUGUAGUGCACCAGAUGAGACACUAAUAAAAGGCCUUGCCCAGUCCAGCUUGCUGCGGCGGCGGGGGGCGGGGCAGGUGCCGAAUGGGCCUCCAGCGCGCACUGACCCAUUUUGUCAGGGAGACCCAGAGGUACCUCCACCUGGCUGAGCAGUAAGCGGUUCAAAGGUGCAAUGCAAAAAAUUGAGAUAUUGUCUUAAAUUGGUGUAAGUGUGAUCCAUCUGCUUAUUUGAACUUGGUAUAUGGUUUUUGUAUCUGAGCUCAGUAUUUUAGUUUGCAUAUUCAUAUUUGGUACCAAAAGAAUCUUGUUUGGGGAGACAAUUACAAAAUGGGAACCGGUUCCACUGCUAAAAUUCCACCUUGCUCCCCCUUAGGAUGCAUCCUUACACAUUAAAGUAAUCGCUUAUAUUGUUAGAAAAGCAUUUAAAUUUUUAAAAUACUAUGAUAGAUGUGAACUUGGGGUAUUGUAUGAAGUUAUGAAGUUGUAUUUAAAAGUUGCUGGAAUGUGAACUGAUUUGGAUCUAGGACAAUAGAAUAAUGGAUUUAUGUUUAUUAUACUGGUUUAUACUGUUUUUUGACAUCUCUAAAUUGUAAAAGGUAAAUGGAGCUAAGGAAUGUAACUAUUGCUGAGUUACUUGAAAUUGCAUGUAAAGUGUAUUAUGGCUGGAAUGAAAUGGGAACACAAAAGACCAAAACAUCCCAGGCCUAUGUGCAGCUCAUUGUAACUGAGAAGUUUCCCAGAGCCUCCUACUUCGUACCAGCCAGUAUGCCAGCUGCAUGACCUUGGUUAUAUCUACACUGCAAAGAAAGAAAAAACAACUGGAAAAACCUGGCUGCCUGCUUUUAAAGCAGUGAAAGGGGGGUUCUUUCUCCCCCCCACUGCAGCAAUGUAAUACUGAAUGGAGCAGUCUGAGGGUUAAGUUUAAAGGCAUCCUUAGCAGACCCGUAGUUCUAAUGAAACUGGACAAUUAAACCAAAAAUUUGUUGAUAGACUUAUCCUGUGGUAAUUAGUUGUAAGUGACUUCUUAGUAAAUUCACCAUGCUAGUUUUUGAGGACAUGGGAGACAACGAAAGAAAGGCUGUUUUUUGAGACAAACGGAAUGCCAAAUUUGGAACAAAGUUUUAAUACAUGAAUUCUUGUAUUUGCCCAAAAGUCCUAUACCUCUCUUAGGUUAAGAUUUGUUAAGUAAAUUGUAAGCUCAAAUAACGUUUUCUGAGAAUUCUGUUUAGUUGCAUGUCCUACAAGAAGCUGCUUGGAUGAUGCAGAUCUGCUUGUGCAAGUGAGAAAUCUUCAAGGAACUUUUGAAUGCUGUAUUUCCACUAGUAUUAACAGCCAAUGUUUUUGAUAAAGCAAAUACUACACUGAUAGAUCUGAAACAGGACUUUGAUCCGGUAAGGGAAAACAAUAUCCAAUAAAUAUGACAGCCAAAAUGGAGUUAGAAACUUUGAGGGAUGAAUUUAUGACAACUUUACAGGCUGACUGCAUUUGAUUGGACUUGCAGAUUUGUCUAUGAAACAACCUGUGGCUACUGUGGGACAGUAUGAUGAGAAUGCUAACAGACUAAUAUACCAAUUGUCACUCUGAUCAAGAAAAUGUAGGGAAUGAAUUUAAGUCUUAAUAGACCAUGAUCCUUUUAUCAUAUAUGUACCAUUUGUGAAAUUUAAUUCUGAUUUUUUUUUAUUUUUUAUUUUAUUUGUAAUCUAUGUCUUUGUCAAUUGCACUAGCUGGUUUUCUUAACAGCACAGCUUUUGGUAUGCAUAAAUGUAAAAUGUAAAUUGCUGCAGAACCUGCAAGUCUUUAACAUCAGGUCAUAGGCCAUACUUGUAUUUGGUCUGAUCCUACAUACUUGCACAGUUUUUGUUGAUGGUUUUGGGCAGUCUCAUAAAGCUGUAGUGGUUUAGCGUGAAGAUAGUGAUUAGCAUCAUUCUGUGAAAAUUACUCAAAGUUCAACCCAAUUAGCAGAACUUGGCACAGCUUUAAAUUAUUUAGAGAUUUUUAAGGAGGAACCUCUAAAUUUGAUUUGCGAUUUUGAGUACGUAGUCAAGAUCCAAUGCACGUAUCUGAGUCUGAACUGUGUUUUUGUUUUGGUUUGGUUUGUUUUUUCUUUUUUUUCUUUAAAAAAAAAAACAAAAAGGGGGGAGAAGUAGGGAAAACAUCACAAAACCAAUUGUCAAAAGGAUUGUAUGUGAUGAAUCACUUAUAUCUAAGUGGUGCAGCCUAAAUUUGCCCUGUGAUGAAACACUUUGUAAGUAUGACCCAAACCCAUGCUAAAUCAGAAAGAACCUACAUUAGUUAUGGUCAAAUCACUAGUUAACAUUCAAUGGAAAAGGCCACACCAAUUGAUAACCUGGGGUAGAGGUUAUGCUUGUGUUUUUACAGAUCAAGGGCCGCAAUGGUUGCCAGAACAAAACGUGAAACCUGUGUUAUCUUCCUGACAAUGAUUGUUGCAGCUGCUGUGUUUUGGAUGCCUGCACAGACAAAGACUAACAUGUGGAUUACAUUAGCCAACAUGACUGACCAUCUAUAUGCCUAACUACGAUGUCUCUGGAAAAAACGUUCCACACAUGCUUGGUUGGUGUCUUCCUUGAUGACUACAGCAGCAUCACAUGACUGUUUUAAAUAGUGGUUGAUGCAGAGGCAUUGCAACGAACUGUAAUAAUACUAACAUGGCACUUUGGAUUAAUUGCCUCCUGGAAGCAGACAUCGAACCACAGGAACUGGAAUUGCUGGCAUCUAUGCCCAUGGAUGCUUGUAUCCAGCCACUUUGUGAAAAGUGUCAGAACAGUAUACAAGAACAUGAAUGGAUAAAACUGCAAAAUGUUAAUGCUACCCUUGGUGACUACAGAAAUGAAACUCGACGGUGUAAUGCUUCACAGAGGAAUCCAAGGGAUGUCAUUGAUAAUGUGGGACAGCAACCCUAAAACCUCCUGUAUGGUGUAUUCUUGAUCUGUGAAGAUAGAGCCUGACCAGGAAUUCCUUCUAAUGCUGUUGGAGGACUGUGUAUUUUGGGACUAUUAACUCUCUUAACGCCCAAUGUAUCUAUGAUAAUAGAUCACAGAAGAGCAAGACGAGAAAAACACUUUUUGCGUGUAUAUGAGUCAAAAUGUGAUGAUAAUGUAGUUUUUUGAGGAUCAGGGUUAAGGGUUUUAGGAUCUCUUGUAUCUAGUGUUGGCACAACUAAAGCUUUAAAUACUUUAGAAAAAUUAGGAUGCUGGCUAGUUAAGCAAACAAACAGAACUUCUAAGGCUUUAAGUGGACUUUUGUUAGAUGUAGAUUCUGUAAGACAUGCUACACUGCAGAAUACAGUCACAAGAGACUUUUGUUAUUAGCCCAUGGAGAUGGAUGUGAGGAAUUUGACGGAAUGUGCCGUAUGGAUUUACAGGAUAAGUCGAGAUCCAUACACAAGGAGAUUAAACAACUUACGGACCAUUCUCAGAAGAUCAGAGAGGAUGUGGGCCUCUUUGGCUUAGAGGGCCUCAUGAACUGGUUUGGACUAGGAGGAUGGGUAAAAGGGCUUUUGCAGAGUGCUCUGGCUCUCUUAAUCAUAGUAGUAGUUGCAUUUAUAUGCUUGAGCUGUGCUAUAUCAUGUAUUAAGAAGAUUUUAGAGCAGACACUUGGGCAGGCUCUGCUCGUAAAAAAAAGAAAAGGGGGGAGAUGUCGGGGAUUGGCUCAAGGAGCACGGACAUGAGUCCACCAAGCAACUGUACGAGCAGAGCCCAUUUUAGUUGACAUAAGCAGGCCUUAGUUAGCUUGUCUAUUAGGCCGUGGGAAAGGGGGAAUGGAAAAGUACUAACUAAGGCAGGGUCAGGAUAUCCUUGAAGAGAUAAGAGUCAGAAGAAUGCGGGAUGCGCAUAGCUAGCUAAACCCAAGUAGGUGGAGUAAGUAAAUGUAACCUUUUAGUGCUUAGCCUAUUAGAUAGAGACAAGUAUGCAUAAUUAUGGUAUUUGGUAUAAAUGCACGCUAUCUCGGGCAAUAAAGUUGAAUCAUGCUUUAUCACUCACA